AUCAAUGUUCAAUUUUUGAAUUCAAUGUUCAACUUGUGUUAAAUUUUGUUGUUUUUUGUUUGUGUAACUUUUAUUUCAUAUCAUACAAUCAUUCUUGGUUUUGUUUCUUAAUGAUGCUCAUUAGAAAUGUUUGAAGAUAUGUUACUAAAAUGGAUAUUGUCCAUUGAAAGUUUAAGGUCAUAUUGUGUGAUUCAAUUCAAUUAUAAUAUAAAUAUAUGAAAUUUUAUAGUCAAUUCAAUAGAGAAACAAACAGAGUACAUUGUACAUUUUCUUUCUAAUAUUAUAAUGGAAGAUAAAAAAGCUAUAGUGAAAAGUUUUGACAUGUCAGAUACAAUGUUACAAUUUGCUGUUGAUGUAGCUGCUGAAGCUAUGGCUAAAUAUACUGUUGAGAAAGAUAUUGCAAGUUGUAUUAAAAAGAAAUUUGAUGAAACACAUGGUACUACAUGGCAUUGUAUUGUUGGUAAAGAUUUUGGAAGUUUUGUCACACAUGAAGAUGGCAGUUUCAUUUAUUUCUACUUAGGAGAUCAUGCAAUAGUUCUAUUCAAGGCUGGUUAAACAAACCGUUUAAAUGUGUGUGUGUGUGUUCAAUUAUUCAUGUUCAAUAAAUAUAAUUGUCUUAAUAAAGG